AUGGCGGAUUUGGGGCUGUGGAAGCAGGCGUGGAUGUGGGUGCUAUCCCAGAAGCACAUCCUGGCGUGGGCGCACACGGCGGCGUGCGGCAGCAGGGAGCGCCUCGCCUUCCUGGUCGACCGGCACUGGCCCGCCGUGUCCCGGGCGUGCGCCACCUCCUCGCGCCUCGCGCUCGCCGCGCUGCGGCAAUGGCGCGGGUGUACGGCGCGCGGGGUGCUGGCGGUGGCCAGCCUCGGCCCCGCCGCCGUCUUCGUCAUCCUCUGGAGCUUCUUCGUCUGCAUGACCUCGCCGGCGUGCGCCCUCUACGCGCUUCUUAGCCUGGGGGCUGCUGCUGCAGUUGUUCACUAUAUGGGCUAUACACCUGGCCUUUUCAUUGUUGGGCUGUUUGGGAUAUUAAUAAUGUGGAUGUAUGGCUACUUUUGGAUUACAGGAAUGCUUCUGGUUGCUGGAGGUUGUAUGUGCUCUUUGAAACAUGCUCGAUAUGUGAUACCUGUUUUGACUUCAUAUGCUAUUUAUUCUGUGGCUGUUCGUGUUGGGUGGCUUGGAGUCUUCUUGACACUCAACCUUUCUUUCUUGACAAAUGAUCUUCUUAAUAAGUUAGCGCAAGGAUACGAAGGAAGCACUGAAGAAAGCCAGUUUCAAGACAUGAAGGAUUCUGAUCCAGUUAUGGAUGAGUUCUAUCGUAGUUGUGAAUUCCCACCAGUUCCUGAUAGUGAACCUGAGACCGUGUCUUCAGCGAAGCCAUACUGCUCAGCACCCAUCCAAGAUGUGUUACAUGUACAAAAAGAGGAACCUCCUAGUAAAGUAGUGAAAUCUGAUUCUAGUUCAUUGGAUGAGAUUAAGAGGAUAAUGGAUGGUUCAAACCAUUAUGAAGUUUUGGGCGUACCUCGUAAUAGAAGCAUUGAUCAAAAGACCUUGAAAAAAGAAUAUCACAGAAUGGUCCUGCUUGUACAUCCUGAUAAAAAUAUGGGAAAUCCAUUGGCUUGUGAAUCAUUCAAAAAGCUUCAAUCAGCUUAUGAGGUUCUCUCUGAUCUCACAAAGAAAAACACCUAUGAUGAACAACUGAGGAAAGAAGAAUCACUGAAAAUGACUCCGAGAUCACGUGUUGUCUCUCAACAGAGUGGUGUAGAGUUUCUCCCAGACGAGUCCAGGCGCAUACAGUGCACUAAGUGUGGUAAUUUCCAUAUAUGGAUAUGCACCAAGAGAAGCAAAACAAGAGCAAGAUUCUGUCAGGGCUGUGAUCAGUUUCAUCAAGCCAAGGAUGGAGAUGGAUGGGUUGAAACCAGAUUUUCAUCCUCCGUCAAGAUGGAAAUACCACGAGCCUUUGUUUGUGCUGAGAGCAAAAUAUUUGAUGUGUCUGAGUGGGCUACCUGCCAGGGAAUGGAGUGUAAGCCUAACACUCAUGGUCCAACUUUUAUGGUAAACAUGGUUGGCACAGAUAGGAUGCCUCAGAGAUCCUACAGUUCCCGGUAUCCCUUCAGCUUGGACGCAGAGAUGAUCCCUGAAGAUGAAUUUGAGCUGUGGCUUCAGCAGGCACUGGCAUCAGGCGUCUUUGCUGACAGCCCAAAGCGCAGGAAAAGCUGGAGCCCGUUCAAACUGCCUCAAAAGGGAAUUAAAAGUUGGCGAAGAUCAUCAUGA